AUUUUCUAACAUCUUAAGGUUUCCUAGUCUCAAACGAUCCAAAAUCCCUUGUUAUGUACUUCGUAAGUUAUUAUGAAUGAGCAAAUACUUGCAGAAAUUCUAAUCCGUUUGCCGCCGAAUUCGGUUUACAGAUUCCGGGCAGUAUCAAAAUCAUGGAACGAGUUGAUUUCUCAUCCCUAUUUCAUCAAAAAAUACGACGGUCGGCAACGGCGGCCGGAUGAUGUUGGUUUGUUACGCUUAAUUAUGGGAGAUAUGUAUUGCCCCUGCAGUUUCUCCCAUUCAAAGACGCCCAAGAAAUCGCUUGAAUGCGAUUUUCUAGAUCUUAUGGUAAGCCGCAUGUUUCUAGAACCGCUCAAAUUCAUAAAUACCUCCAACGGUUUGAUUCUCUGCAAAAGUGAUCGCUAUGAGCAGAAGUACCUCGUUCUGAACCCGAUUACAAAAAGGUCGGUGACCUUGCCGCCGCUACAAUGGCUUUGGAAAUCACUCCCUCGACUCGAGCGCUAUUACGAGAUCAUCCAUUGAAAAUGGUGACAAUUUAUGGUUUGCGGUGCUUGACCGCGAAACCAUGAGAGUUUUCGUGCUCCCAAAGGGCACUCAAGGGUGGGUGUUAGCGUACAGUAUCAGUGUUAAAUCGCUCUUGAAUGACACGGCCUCAUCAGGAAAGAGGAGUAGAGAGCGGAUAUUCUUCAGUGGCUUGGUUCCAAUGAAUAAUAAGAGGACUCCGGUUGCUGUAAUCCGGAGGGAAGAAUUCUGGGGGGUAUUUCUUUACGACUUCGACACCAAAGCCGUUCAAUCUGUGUCAUAUUAUGGACAUUCCAUUGCCACCAAAUGGAAAGCACUCAUCCAUGGCUCUGGUUUUCUAGCUCAUUAUCCCUAUUUACGGCCUUCAUCUCUUUCUACAUUCGCUCUUUAAGUGAUAGAUUUCCUAAUUGAUAAAUUAGUUUAGCACUUCAUAUAUUUUUAUAUUUGUAGUUCUUAUUUAAGCUUUACUUCUCAUGUAACGACGUUUGACAUCAAUGCUGAGUUCAUGGUAUU